ACUCACUACAGAAGGUGUGCUGAUGUCCUGUAAGGAGUGCCUGUAGCCCUGCUUUUUAGAGACCUCGAAUCCUUCCUGGGCCCAUCAACACACCAUAAAUGCUCAUUGGAAUGACUUCCAUUGUCUCAGGGAUCUCUUAAUACCAUCCCUGUGUGCUCGGGUGAGGAAACUCAACCCCUUCCCAGCUCUGAGCUCAGCUGAAAGAAAAUCAUCUGCACAGUUGCUGCUGAGUCCUGUCCCGUGCAUUGUGUGAAAGGGGAACAACGUCAGCCAGUGCAGCAUUGCUCUGGAAAGUGCCCUCUUGGCACAGCUGCACAGCGAUUUCCCCGAAAUGUGGGGCUUAUUCAGCUCCCUGAAGGCUGAAUCAGCUCUCCAGGGUGACUGUAAGAGCUGCUCAGACUUACGGGAAUGGAAAGGCAGGAAUUUUCUGAACCUGCUGGACAUCAGCACGCGGCCACGGAGGAGGGCAGGUCUGAUACCUGUGUGGGUAGUUGUAGAUCAGUUGUUUCUGCUCGAGCCAGGCUGAAAUCAGGGCUGGGUCAGCAGCAGCUGUCUGGUGGCAGAGGGGAUUUGCAGGUGGAACUGUCUGUGCUCUCUGGCAGUUUGCUCUCGUGACACUUGGUUUCUGCUCGGGAGGCUCUGGCAGUAGCAGUUCGUGUUUGGAGCUGGGGGUUGUGAAACUUGCUUUGAGAGCUUUGGAAGAUUUUUUUCUUGAAAGUGGGCUAUUGUAUUUCCAUCUGGCUGUGGUAUCUGUUUCAGGAGUGUGCUAAGGUAUUUCCUGAAAUCUGAGUGUGGUGUUGGUGGAGACUGUGAGCACAGUGAAACCCUCUGGGCAGGAAGGAGUUGGGGGGCCAAGAAAUUGCAGGCCUGAAGCUGUUAAGCAUGAGCAAAUACCCCCAGAGAGGAGAAAGAACAAUUAAAUGCCUUCCUUGCCAAGGGAAUUGGAUCUCAUCUGUGCCCAGGCUGUGCCCUGGAGUUCUAAUGGGCAAGGGAGGAGGCCUGGGGCAGAUAAAACUUUAGUCCCUGCUCCCCAGCUCUGCAGUCUCUUCUUCUGCACUUGCUGGCUGUGUAUGGGGUUUACUCCAGGAGAUGUGGCUGUCUGGGAGGUCAGGGCUUGGAGUUCCUUCCUCUUGCAGUGCUGGGUCUGCAAACCCAGGGAGUGCCCCUGGAAGAGGGGCUCAGGGACACUUGAUUUCCUGUCACUGCUGCAUCCCUUGGGUGCACUUGUGCUGGCUUUCCUUUCUCUGGCCUCCAUCCUGAACAAAAAGGCUUUCCAGGGGCUUGUGUCAAUGGUGUUGUUUGAAGCAGUUUUAAGCAAGACUUGCUGGCUGGCUGGAGAAGUGAAAACAAAGCUCUCAGUACAGAAGUGGUUUGUGAUAAAACCUCCUUAAGUGACAAGUGGGAAAAGGCUUAUGGGUCCCUCCUCUGCUGUGUGCUCCCUCCCAGACAAGACUGUGGUGUUAAGUAAUGCUUCUGCUCUGCCCAGCUGUUACCAUGGCAAACAGCCACUCAGACACCACGGGAAGGGUUUUUGGUCUGCAGUGGCAGUGGUUGGUAACUCCUUUGCUGCUGCCUCCUCUCGUGUGCUCCAGACCCUGGGAUGGGAUGGGAUGGGAUGGGCUGGCUCUGGCAUCAAAGCCCUUGUGCUGCAAUCCUUGUAGACCCAGUGAAGCACUGCAGUAAAGGGGCACUGCAGUUUAAGGUCAUAAUUUUAGUUUAUACCAAACCAGGUGAAAAGCACAGCUCAUUCCUUUCCCUCAUGGAGCUAAUGAUUAACGUAUCAAUUAGGCAUGAGAAGAAACAAAAUGUGUAUGCUUAAGAUAAAGCAGACUGUACAUGAAAUGAGAAGGUAUUGUAGUAUUUGUUCUAAAAACAAAGUGGGAGUUAUUUGCACUGGAUUGUGCAGGCCAGUGCUGUGUGAUUACAGGGAGUGCUACCAUUUCGGGGUGAUUCAUUGUGGUCUAGGCUCUUUAAGGCUGAUAAGAAGGUGCGAGGGUGUUCUCAGCUUAUACCCUCUCCCAUCCUGUUUUAGAAGAAAGCAAUGGAAGCAUCAAAACUUGAGGCUAGAACUGAGUGCUGUCUCAGAGUGCCUCUGAGAGAAAUCACCCUCAUUUCACAUCUUUGGGACCACCAGGUCCAAAGGGUUAAUGGGAUCCUGCUCAUAGUGGUGAGGAUCCUGUGUGCCUGGAGAUGGUUGGAGUGCCUGGCCUUGGGCAAAAGAGAGGUACAGGGCAGCUGAUGGAGUCCCCAGUACAGCUCCCCACAGCAAACUGGGUGGCUUUAGCUUGGAGGCACUCGGGCUUCUGACAAGAAUCACACAAAACCAGCAGUUUCCUUCACUGGCAGGUUUUGGAUGGGGGUUUGUAGGCAAAGCUGUUCCAGUAGGAAACCUGAUCUCUGUCAGUGGAAUCCUGCUGGUUACAGCGAGUUGGGAAGCCGUGGGGUGACUUGCAUCAGUAACAUGCAGUGCAAGACUUCCCAACAGAAUGAUUUUAGGAGGUUUGGGGUGCUGUUACACUGUCCUUUCAUGUGCUGUUGACAGGGGAUCCUCUGUGUUUAUAAGGCACUCCUGCACGGGCUGAGGGAGUGUGUGAAGGUGCUGCCACGUGCUCUUGAUGUCCUUGGGUACUUGUGUCAUUGUGUUGGUGCUCUGAAGCCAACAUUCAAGUGCAGUGUCCAAAAUGAGCAGGUUGGUGUAGGAUGUCUCCAGCCGAGUGAGAGGCUGGGCUGGGAGCAGUUCAUCCAGCCUGCCUUGGAGCUGGUUUUUACUCUGUGCACUCUGGUAGCUGUAGGUGAACAGUGAACCACCCUUCACCUGCUCUGCUCCUCUCCUCUCCUCUGCAAGUCCCCCACCCAAGGGGUUGAAGAGAAAAGCUCUUCAGUAUUAAUUCUCUAUAACUAUGGUUAAAGUCCCUCUGGCUUUUGGUGUGGGACAUGCAGCUCCUGAAGCAUUGAUGAGGCUUCAGAGAAAGCUUUAUUAAACACAAAUUGAGAGGGAUGUGUGGUUGUUUCUAUUCAGAGUCUUGCCCAGAUGCUCUCCAAGUCUGAAAGCUUCCAGUGGUUGAUGGUGUGUGCUCUCAGAGCACAGCAGUGCUCUGAGCUCUGAGCUCCCCCUCGAGAUUUGCUCUCUCUGGAGAGGAGCUCUGCUCUGGAAGGCAGAGACUUGUACUUCAGGUGUUGUCUUUGAGGCAUUCCUUGAACUUGAGAGGUGAGUGGGUUGGGUUAAGUACCACAGCCCCCCUCCAUGGAGAAAAACACAGCUUUUUUGCAGAUGCUUGUGCCACAACGUGCUGCUGGUUUAAAUGACUUCCAGCUUUUAGCAGAAGAGAGGGAAUGAACACAGUCUCCUUUCAGUGCUGUUCCACUGUUUCUGACAGAAAGGCACACCCCAAACUUAGGUGAGUCCUGGGAAGGUGUUGACACAGCUGCUGUCCCCUGCCCUGUCCCAGUCCUGCCCCCAGCUGUGCCUGUGCCUUGGCCAGCUCAGGGCAGCCCUUUCCAGCACAAGCCACAGCAGAGGUGCUAGAGGGCUGGCAGGGCAGGGGGGGGAUGCCCAUGGAUGCUGUGACCCACUUGUGCAGAGAGGCAGCAUCCAACACGAGUCAGCUGAGCCGGCGUGGUGAGAGCACCCGGCUCCCACUGCACAGCCCUGAGCCUGGAAAAGCCAUUUCCUUUAAUAUUUCAGCAAGUGUUUCAUAACAGCACUUUGUACAUACCUUGAACAUGCUUUGUCGGCAUGUCCCUGACACUUGGCUGUAGCAUAAAACUUCUAAUGGAUUAAACAUAAAUACUUGAGGCAAAUGCUCUGGUGUGCCUGCAGUCCUGGGCAGCUGAUGGUAAAUAACUGGCACAGGGCAGCCUGCUUCUGCUGUGUGGGUCUGGAUGUCUCGGGGCACUGGGACCCUUGGUUUUGGGUAUGACUGUGGGGGUCUGGAUGUCUCUGGGCAGUGGGACCCUCAAUUUUGGACAGGGCUGUGUGGGUCUGAAUAUCUCUGGGCAGUGGGACCCUCAGUUUUGGGUAUGGCUGUGUGGGUCUGGAUGUCUCUGGGCACUGGGACCCUCAGUUUUGGAUAUGGCUGUGUGGGUCUGGAUGUCUCUGGGCAGUGGGACCCUCAAUUUUGGACAGGGCUGCGUGGGUCUGGAUGUCUCUGGGCACUGGGACCCUCAGUUUUGGACAUGGCAGUGCUCUGGCAGCAACAAUCCAGCUCCCCAUGGCUCAGAGGUGGGACAGCUUGAACAGCACCUGGCAGCCAGCUGGAAGCCAGGGCUGCCUCAGGGCUCCAGCCCAGGGAUGUCACCGUCUUGCACAGGGCUCUUGGAGCAUUUGGGGUGUGUUUUCCCUCCACUCUUUGUAACAGGACCUUCUCAGAGCAAACAAAGGCACCAAAGAGCUGCUUGUUCAGAACUCCUGGAUCCACCAGGGGAAAAAAAAGCCCAGGCUGAGCCCCUGGGUCACCUCCCCAUGGAGAACAGGCAAUGGGGCUGUGCCUGCACAGCAGAUGCCCCCUCUGUUAUUCCCGUUGGUGAGAGGGAGACUGCCUGGGGCUGGGGCACAGGCUGGACCCAAGGGCAGACAUUUGGGGGUACUGGGCUGUCCCUCUCUCUUCCCCACCUGGUGCUAUCAGAGUUUUGGCAACAUGUGAGCUGGAGGGUCAUUGUACCCAUGGCUCUGCAGAGCUGGAGCAGUGACAGGGAAUGGUUUCCUGAGCACAAAGCAGGCCCGUGGGAGGGCCAGGCUGAUGCCAUGAGCUGUCUCCUGCCACCACCAUGUGUGCAGGUUGGACUCCUGUGUGAGGGCACAUUUUCUGUGCAGACCAAAACAAACAGACCCAAGGAAGUUGUCAGGAAGGCAAAUCACCUGCCUGCCCUCAGACUGCCACAGCUCUGGGUGUGAAAGCCCAGGCUCAGUGAGGAGGAACCAAAGCUGAACUGCUCCUCUGUCCAGAAUGGGCCUCGGGGCCUGGCACAGAGAGCAGGCAGCACGCUGGCCUCAGGUAGGAGACCCUGCUGGGAGAGCUCCAUCCAAACCUGAGGCUCCCUCCUGUGUGCUCAGGCAGCUGGCAGAGUGCAGGAAAUCCCAGUGGACUGCUGGGAGCCUCCGGGCAGCCCUCGGGGGGCAGAGCUGGGGUGGUGUCUGUCCAUGAGGUGACACCCAAGGUGCCCCUUGGCCAGCGGGGUGUCCCAGCACCGCCACCUCCUGAGCUGUGCCUCAGGUGCAGGAGGGGCAGAGCUGGAGCAAGGGCUGGUCAUCCAGGGGCGGGAGGCAGCUGUGUGUGUGUGGCAGGGCUGGAGCAGAGUCAGGCAGCAGCUCCUCACUCCAGUCCAGGCGCAGCUGGGGAGGGUGGCACCUCCUGGGAAAACUGCCUGGCUCUUGUUGCUCUCAGUGGUUACCGUGUGACUGACCCGGCCCCUCUGUGCCCCUCUGUGC